GUUGUUAUUGACCUUUUUCUCUUUUAUUUUCUUUACCUCACCUGUAACUGCUGAGACCCUGAGGAACAUGCACACUGGACUGACCUGCUCUGGCAACCUGAUUUCCANCUGCUGCUACAGACCCUCAGUCCCCCCAGCCCCAGUGGCCCCUCUGUAGCCCUCUGUCUGCUGGAUGAAGAGCUACUAUCUUUAGGCCUGAAUGAACCCGCUCCUGUUCCAAGUAAAUCAACGCCAGUAAACCUGGGGAAUGAUUUGUCCUUUUUACAGGAUUCCAGUGAAGAUUUGGAUUUCUUUGACACCACUUUGCCUUCGUUCUCUACAUCUUCACUUUAUCCAGACGCUCUUUCUGUGACCGUUGCAGGAAUCUCAGCCAAUUAUUCUACAAAAGCCUCUGCAUUAAGCUUCCCUGGUCCUGUUUUCUCCACUCCUCCUGUUUCUACGGCAUCCGUCUCAACAACAUCAAUCAUAUUCCCACAGCCUCUCAGCUCAGUGUUGACCACCACAGCACCGGCUGCUGCUCUUCCUCAGUCCUUCAUCAUGGCCCCGCCUGCUUCCUCAGCCACUACGGUCUCUCCACAAUGGGACUCCAAUGGAGCGUCCCACACAACUUCAACUUCUCUUAUUAACAAUCUGCAAGACUUUGGCUUUCUGGAUCUGGGCAGUCCUAAAAUCACAUCGGGGGUGAUGGACGUUGGCAGCUCUCUGGUCAGGAGCGAGGAUCUGCUUGUUCCUGCUCUCCCCUCUUCCAGUCUCUCCAACACGUCCCUCAUAGAAGUGAUGCAAGGAGGGUCCAUUCCCCCCCCGGCCAAGAGUCAGGCAGAUGACAGCCCUCUGUUACGCUCGCUGUCCCCCGUCCUCCCUCUGAGCCAAGAGGUGUCCCUGGCCAAUGUCUUUGUCCCUUUGGAGGCCAUCAAGCCAAGUAAAAUGUGUCCCGUUACAGCAUAUGACAAAAGCGGGGUCCGUGUUCUGCUGCAUUUCGCCACUGACAGUCCAGCAGGUAGACCUGAUGUACUGGUGAUGGUGGCCUCCAUGCUUAACACCGCCCCUCUGCCAGUGAGGAACAUUGCUCUGCAGGCUGCUGUACCCAAGACGAUGAAAGUGAGACUGCAAUCACCCUCAGGGACAGAGCUGGCUCCUUUUAACCCGAUCCUUCCACCUGCUGCCAUCACUCAGGUCAUGCUGCUUGCAAAUCCUCUCAAGGAAAAGGUUCGGAUGAGAUACAAACUGACAUUCACGCUGGGAGAGCAGCCACACUCAGAAGUGGGGGAGGUGAAUGAGUUUCCACCGGCUGACAGAUGGGGGGCUCUAUAACUCGGCCUACCGACACUACAGGUUUUUUAGCAAUUUAGUUUGUCAGUGUAGCUCAAAGGUCAAGAGAAGGGCGGUAUUGGAAAAUUGUUUUUAGGGAGAAUUGGAGAAAUACAACAUAUUACUGCAAAGUUCAAUGGACCUUGAAAGAGAUAUUUCGCUUGGGAUGGCCCAUUGAAGUAGCCAGGCCUGUAGCAUACACAUACAUCCAACUAAAACGCGACAACAUGGCCAGAGGUAGUUGAUGUGGUGCAGUAACAAAUGUUUUGGAGCAGUUAAACAUGGAGGAUGUUUAAUUGUGAAAAACAUUGAUAAGGUAAAUAUUGCUAAACGUUAUCCUUUAGGAUUUGACAUGUAUUAAUAUACUUUUUCUUUCUCUCAUUAAAUGUUCCUAUUUACUUCCCCUCAAUGCCAGACAGUCUUGAUAUAUAGCAAAAUCAAAUGUCAAAGGAUAUUGUGAACCAGGGUGAUAUGAACAUGUGAUCACAACCUGCAUUACACAUGAUUUGCUGCUGUCUGUGUAUGAUAACAUGGUUUCAAGCUGGAGACAUUGGACUGAAGCAGACAAGAGCCCCUCUGUUGCUAAAUGAGAGGCCCUCCCUGAUUGGCUCAUUAGGAAUUGUUCAUCUUAGUUAACUUUCUUCAAUAUGCCUCACAGUAACUACUGAAUACUUUUACUUGUCUUCUGAGUUCUAUACAAACUCCUAGCUUAGACUUGUUGUGUUUUUUAGUCUUUAAGUAUUUAUUGACAUGAAUGUAUUAUUUAUUUUAGUUUGGGAGGAAAUUGUCAAAUCUGUUACUGUCCCGUACGGUAUUGAAAUUGACAGCUGUAUUCCUUCUGCAUACACAUCUUAUGAUGAACACUUUCAGUAUUGCAGUAUGAAAGGCACAGAUCAGUAGUGGGCUAUCUAAAGAGGCUCUGAUGUUACCAAAUAUUCAGACAAAAUAUGUUACUGAAGGAAUUACGUAACUUGUUACAUGUCAAGGCUGUCCAGUCUUGAUAGCAUUUUAAUAUAAGAAUGUAUUUUUUCAAUUGGCAAGCUUGUGCCAGACACAUUAGCCCCUUUUACCUAUUGGGUGCAACAAGAGAUAAUAGGAAGAGGGAUCAAUUGUAUACUUUAAGUGGACAAGCUUUAGGAAGUGCUGACCAAUUAACAAAUCAAUUGCUGGAGACAAACAAAUAUUGCUUGAGUUAACUGAGUGCUCUGCAAAGCUUCGCCCUUGCUUCUGCUGUUAGACCAUGUAGUGGAAACCAAACUAAAGAGCUGGGGUAUUUGCUCUUGGUCAACUGUAAAUGUUUAGCUUUUGUGGGGGUUUCCUAUAUCAAACUAGGAAUAUAUUUCUAUAUUUACGUAAGCAAUGAGAAAAAUACUGUGUAUCAAUAGUUAAACCUUGAUGGUUAAUUAAAGCAUUGUGGUUAUAAUGUGUUCAUCAAAAACUGUGACUCCUUUAUUUUUGUGAGUUCUGGGAUUUUAGUGCUAGACAGGAGAGUCUCUGCAUAUUUCUUAUAAAACGAUUUAUUUGUUUUUUAUUGUCAUAAUGAACUUGUCAUUGCAUAUUUUUUGAAAAACGUUCUGUGCAUGGGAAAAUAAAGAAUGAAAUAGAUAUGUUUGUAUUAAAUUA